UGGUCAAUCGCCUGAGGCUAUGGCGGCAGCGGCGGCGGCUGCCGGCAGCAGCGGAGCGCCGAACUCAGCCGCCGCUGCGGGGGGUUGGCGGCUUCCCGGUAGGGUCCUCGAGUUCGUCUUCUCCUACUUGGACCUCCGGGAGCUGCGGAGCUGCGCGUUGGUGUGUAAGCUGUGGUACCGCGUUUUGCACGGCGACGAGAACAGCGAGGUGUGGCGCAGCCUGGCGGCUCGCAGCCUCGCCGAGGAGGCGCUACGCACCGAUAUCCUCUGCAACGUGCCCACCUACAAGGGCAAGGUACGUGCCAUUCAGCAUGCUUUCAGCACCAAUGAUUGUUCCAGAAAUGUUUAUAUUAAGAAGAAUGGAUUUACUUUGCACCGGAAUCCCAUUGCUCAGAGUACCGAUGGAGCAAGGACCAAGAUUGGCUUCAGUGAAGGCCGUCAUGCUUGGGAAGUCUGGUGGGAAGGUCCUCUUGGUACAGUGGCAGUGAUUGGAAUUGCUACAAAAAGAGCUCCCAUGCAGUGUCAAGGUUAUGUAGCUCUCCUGGGGAGCGAUGACCAGAGCUGGGGCUGGAAUUUAGUGGACAAUAAUUUAUUACAUAAUGGAGAAGUCAAUGGCAGUUUUCCACAGUGCAACAAUGCCCCAAAAUAUCAAAUAGGUGAGAGAAUUCGUGUUAUCCUGGAUAUGGAAGACAAGACCUUGGCUUUUGAGAGAGGCUAUGAGUUCUUAGGAGUUGCAUUUCGAGGACUGCCAAAGACAUGUCUGUAUCCAGCAGUGUCUGCUGUAUAUGGCAACACUGAGCAAGAACAUGAAAAUCAAGUUGACAAUGUGGAGAAACCUGCAUAUUGGUUAACAGGACAGCAUGAGGAAAAUACAUGGAUGUGUGCUCAAGAAACCAAAACUUGUGAUUAAAAAGACCAACUGUUCUUAACGGUGCACUGACAUUUCCUUUUUCUGCCGGACCAGAAAAAUUCCUCAGGGCGGGUUUACAGUUAAACAGGCAGUUAACCACAAGCAUGUUGCAUUGAAUUUUGUACCAAGAGUGGCAAUAUGGAAUCCUGUAUAUACAUAAGGAAUUGUUUC